CUCUGCUCUCUCCCCAUCCAUAUCUCGACCAUUCCUACAAUUCCUUCUCGUCUGUGAACACGCAUAACAUCUUCUUAUAACUAAGUUUUCGUACAAACGUCUCUCAUUCUUUCUAUUUAAAGCAUAGGGAAAUGGAAUAUAAUACACGUAAUAAUAUGAUUUCCAUUAAUUUUGUAAAACGCGAAAUACGUUUGGAAAGAAAAUGUAAACUUUCUAGAUCCGCAGAAAAUAGGGAGCAUUUUUAGCAAAGUGAAAAUAAGACAUUUUAGCCUUGUACUCCUGUUAUCCAUGUAGUAAAAUUCAAAUAUAAGGUGUACUUUGAUAAUACACUUAUAUUUUCACUGAAAUAAUAUUUUCUGUGGGGAUAUAGGAUCCAGUGUUUUCACCUCCAGAAAAAUUUACUCGUCUCCCUGUCAAAAUGGCGACGUACACAGGUCUCAGUCGCUGUGGAGUUUUUCACGACCAAACCCAUUUAAAGAACUGUUUAAUUGCUUUGAACGACCAAAGAAACUUAUCUCAGUUUUGUGAUGUUGUGCUCAAGGUAUGUGGAACACAGAUAUAUGCCCACUCUAAUGUGCUUGCAGCUGCGAGUCCGUAUUUUGGUUCGAUCUUGGGCAUUGGUGCAGACUGCCCGAGAGGAUUCUCACAAAAACAACCUCAAAUAAUCGAAAUCCACAUAGAUUCCCAUGACGGGGAUGGUGGUUAUGGUGAGGCAGUGAGCAAAGUAGUUGAGUUUAUGUACACUUCUAAUAUUACAUUAAAGGCUACUCUAAUAACUCAAGUUAUUGAGAUCGGAAAAAUUAUGAGAAUGGACACUUUGCUUCAGUUUUGUGAUAUGUUUCAAAAUGGGGAAGACAGCAAUGACCCGAAGACUAUUGGCACCUGCACAACUGGUUUGGAAGAGAUUGCCCAGCUGUUAGGUUCUCGAGCUCGGACAGUGAAGAAAGCUGAUGCAUUUACAGAAACAGAAAAAUCUGUGUUUGACAAAAUCCGGCCAGAUUUAAAUUCUGUUUCAAGUCCCCAAAUUUCUACAACACUGGAAUCAAGUUCAGAACUGAUUUUAUUAAAACAACAAGAAGCACAAAUACUUGAGAAAUCUUCAAAUUUGCCUGCUGUAACAGAGGAUGAUAGUCAAAAGAAUGAGACUCCGACCAAUGCUUCUCAAGACAUCGAUGAUGAACUGCCAAUCUCAACGAAUAUUGGAUUUGAAAGUAUGGAUCAAGAUCAAAACGAUGCGUCCUUACUGUUAGCCAUAAGUAAUGUGCGUCCUCCCUUAGGUGUUACCGAUGCUUCCAAACCGUUACAAGGUACUUGUGAGCCUUCAGGAAUGACAGACAAUCCUGACCCCAAUCCUAGGAUGACAACCCCAGAACCUGAGAAAGUGGAUGAAUCUUCAUUGCUAAAAAAAUCUGACUCUGGUCCUGAAAAAGGCUUAAGUGAUAUCAGUAUUAAAACUGUGAUGAUGAUUGCUUCAAUAAAGGAGGAGACCAGUGCUAAUACUUUUGAUAAAAAUGUGCCGAGUUGUUCCUCCAAUGAAAAUGCUACAACUACAAAUAAAUCUGAUAGUGAGAUGUCUCAAAGAAUUUCACAGCUAGGAGAUUCUCGAGUGAAAUCACAAAAAGGCAUAGACUUAGACGAAAUAUCAGAUCUUGUUCAGUUUUAUCAUGUUGAUACAGGGCUGUAUGCAGGUGCUAAUUCAAAUAGUAAGCCACCCAGCAGAUCACGGGGCAGAGGUAGAGGUCGGGGGAGGGGGCGUGGCAAGAGGAGAGGCAGAGGACGAGGCCCUGGUCGGCCCAGGAAAGUGGUAGAAGAACCAGAAAGUGAUCCUGAAUUUGAAGACUUCAUUGAAAGACUCGAAAGGGGGGAUGAUGUCCUUCAUAAUUCUGAUGAUGAGUCGAAGAGGACAAAAUCCAUGAAAGAAAGUGAAAGCACUUCCAGUGCACAGCCUGUAGGCUCCACUCUUGUAGGGGAAGCGUUUUUGAAGUGUGACGUUGUCAAAGAGUUACCAAUGGAGACAAAUAUUGUGGCUAAAGAAGGUCAUAGUCUGCAAUGGAAAAGUAAAAGAGUGAGGUCAAAACCAUCACAGCUGAAGAAAGAUUAUGUGAUGCAUUCUCUUGGUAAGAAAAGCAGGAGACCUCACAAAGAAACUAAACAAGAAGAGACAUCUGAACCAAACCAAGUGGCAUUGCCUAGAGAGACAGCGAAUAUAGUUGUACAGAACAGCUCAAAAUCUGGCUUGAAAUUUGUUUGUGAAAAGUGUGAAUUCGCCAGUCAUGUAUUCAAGGAGUAUCGUCAGCAUUUGAAGAUUCAUCCAGAAACAGAUCCUAAAUAUUUUCUGUGUACAAAGUGUGAUUUCAAAACUACUAAAGCAAGGGAAUACAAAUUACAUAAGUACAAACACAUGUCUGAAGAAUUCAUUUGUUCUUUUUGUGAACAUCAAUCUGAAAACCAUCAAGCUUACAAGGAGCAUUCUGUGAAACAUGAGGGAGCAUUGCCAUAUUUCUGUACUGAGUGUGAAUCAAGAUUUAGAACAAAAACUCAGUUGAUGGCUCACAGGCCAAAACAUCAGCUGGUAAAACCUUUUGUGUGUGCCAUUUGCAGUGCUGGAUUCAAAUGGAAACAUGCUUUGAAGAACCACAUGAUCACUCACAACCCUACAAAAGACCACUUGUGUGAUGUCUGCGGUUAUGCAACUGCCCACAAAUCACAACUGAAGGCUCACAAACUGAUUCACUCAGGCCAGCUCUUCAAGUGCCCUGUCACAGGCUGUCAGUUUGAAGCCAUCAAACGACAAAAUCUCAAGUACCACAUGGUCACACACACACAUGAGAAGCCUCACCAGUGCGAGAUAUGUGGUCAGAGUUUCUCCCUUAUAAAAAACAUGAGGCGCCACAUGCUGCUUCAUUCCGACUCUCGACGCUACUCAUGUAAAGUCUGCAGCUUCAACACCACUCGUUACGACAAGCUCAAAGAACAUCAUUACAAACUUCACAACAUCGGUGAACAGCCAGGAGGGGUGAAGAAAACUUAUCGUCCAAAGCCACCAGCAGAAGAAUCUAUAGCCUUGAUUUCUCCAGAUGUCACUUAUGUGGCUUCUGAGGGGAUACAGAUCAACGCAGAUGGGACAAUAUCUGAAGAAGCCUUACAGCAAAUUGCGCAGCUUGCAAAUGCGCAAAAUUCAAGCAUUGUUGACAUUCAGAGCACUUCGAUUGACAUCAGUGAGCAGUCUACUCAGGAAUCAUCUGGGUACCCUAUCAUUGCGACUGUCCAGUAUACUGAUGGACAAGAAGUCCAGUACAUUGCUGAAGUUGCAGAGUGAUUGAACUCAGUAUGAGUUUCAAAUAAAAUAUUUUGAAUAAUAGUGUACAGGCAUCAAGGCUUUAGCGAGAAAAACAAGUCACAUUUGACUCUGCUUUAGUUUAGGGUGACUCUUUCAGCCAGCAGCUUCUGAUUUGAUAUCGUGCUUUGGUUUUUCUAUUCCUUUGCCUGAUUCUCUCUUUUUUUCGGGCCUGCACUUGUAGACUGAUUUUUUUGGUGUGUGUGUCAGUUUAUUGUGUUAUAGCUGAAAAGUUUCAACCAUCUCAUUUUCUCCAUUGGAAUGACUCGUUUUUCUAACAACAGUGAUACAAUGUAUAAUGUAUUGUAAUGUACCUUAUAAUGCUUCCCAUUGUUAGCAAUCAAACAUUAGAUGUAAAUUGAAGUUUUUUAAGACUGUACUCUAUUAGAUUCUGUUCUUUUUGAAAAUUGUAUUCAACUCAAUCCUUGCCUAAUCUGGUAGCUAAUCUUUAGUCUAUUCACAUUGAAGCUUUUCGGUGUAGUUUAAUUGAAUAAUCCUUUAUAAAUUGUUAUUUUGUUUAUUUUAGACUCUGAUUCAUUGACUGUGGUCAGUAUUGGAGAAGUGGGUGGCUGGAGGGUGACUAUCCAUUUUCUUUCCCUCUCUUGUUUUUGGAUGUCUUUCUUGUUUUACCUCCUGCACUAAAAGACUGUCAUGUUGUCAUAUUAAUGUGAUAUUUAUGAAAAAUAUGAUGGGAAAGUAGCAAGUGCAGAAGAGUUUUAUUGAUAUAUAUGAUAUUAGCUCCCUUUUCAAAAUGUAAGUUGUCACAAUGAUAUUUCCAUACAUGAUGCUUCCCUGCCUUCUCACAGUCCUACUGACUCCUUCCAGAAGCUUCUAAUUUGAUGUCCUGUUUCUUCUUGGCUUUUCUAUUCCUUUGCGUGAUCUCUUUCUUUAUUUCGGGCCUGCACUCCUGGACCUAUUUUGUUGGUAUUGUGUAUCUGAUUUUUUUGUUAAAGUUGAAAAUUUUUAGCCAUCUCUCUUGCUCAAUUCUUUUAUUGUUAGUCUUUUUGUUUGUUUUCAUGCUUUCGUUAAUUUUUUCUGUAUGACUUGAUUUUAAAAUUUGAAAAGGCCUUUUUAUCAGUAUGAGGCAACCUUAAAGAAUUAGGAACUUGUCAGAGUUUGGACAUUUUGACUUUUUGCUACCAUCUUAUCUCAGGGAUUGUCCUAAGUGUUCCACAGUCUUAAUUUGGAAAAGAUAUUCGAGGACUGAAGUUAUAAUGGAAAAGAAUUUAUUUUUUUUGCACGAAGUUAGAAAAACAGGUUUUAAACUUGUUUCAACAAAGAUUAUUUAUUUACAACUUAGAAACACACAGAUUUAGCUAAUUCUUUAGCUUUUUGCAUGCCAAGUUUUAAGAUUGUAUAAAAAGCAUAAAAAUGUUCACAAAUUGAAUAGAUCGGCUUCAUUGCUCCUGUCAUAAUGCACCAUUGUAUUGUGAACACACCAAUUAAAAUAAGUCUUAUCUAGCAAAUUCAGCUACAGAAAUAAAAGACAACUGCUGCAAUGGUGAUUGAAACAUAAGCGCCGAAAAGUUCUCAGUUCAAUGAGAUUCCCUGUGAUGCAGACUUGUAGGUCCUACCCACGUAGUAUGUGAUGUAAGUUCAGGUGGAGAGCCCAGAGCAUGAUCCCAUCUGGGGCAAACAUUGUUCCUUAUCAUCGAGAUUUGCAGUGGACACAUGAUCAAAAUCUUGAGAGUUAAUGAUCUGUGAUGCCGUGAACAGUACAAUGAUCACAAAUAUUCACUGCUUGAGCUUGGUCGAUCAAUAAGGUUUUCACAUAAUUAUACAUAAUAUGUGUGUAUGAGUGCUGUGCCACUGUUUGUGGGAAACAAGGAAUAUUACAGUAGAAAAAUGUACAUGUAUUAGUUUUUAAAAUGACUCUUUUAAAGUAUUUGAAUGGGGAGGGGGGUUUAUUUUGUGUGGUUUGGUCUUUCUGCCUUUAAAAAAAGUGUCAUUAUUAUUCUACUCUAUGCCCAGAGAUGUGUGGCUAUUACUAUUAUCAUGUUCUGACUCAGUAUUGACUGCUGCUCUAACAUAUAUUGGAAGUAUUGUUAGUUAAAGUAAGAAUUAUUGUUGAUGUUAUCACAUUCAUUUUGAUGCACAUUUUAUUCAACGCUCAUAUGACCUUAUGCAGUUGCAAGCGCUGUAAAACUUGUACUAAAACUAAACUAUACUAAAAACAAACAAAUGGUUUUAUGAAUGGGUUGAGAGUGGGUUGUUGCCAAUUUUUAUACUGAGUUCUGAAUAAGCAGUUUGAAAUUUUUUGUUUCCUAGCUUUUCAGCAUAAUUUUCCUUGCUGUUGUACUAAGAUUUAAAAAGUAACAGUUCCAUAUUCUUUGAAAUUUCUAUGCUGAUUUUGACCUUUGCCUUUUGUGCCAUAGGCAGAUCUUUUCUGAUCAGGCUGGAUAUUGAACUCAAUACUUUCAAAAUAAAUCAGACUGAUAAUUCAAAAUCAUAAAAGUACAAGAUAUCAUGUGUGGAUCUAAGAUUCUAAGAUGAAAAAAAUAUAUAUUUCAAGCAUCAUGCCUGUUCUACUAAACUACUAAAGUGAUGUUGUUUAUUGUUCUGUAGAUUUCAUUUCGGGAAUACAGUAUUAUACAGUCGGCUCCUUUUUCACCUUGCCUUUCAUAAAUUGUGACAUGUGGAGGUCAUCAGUUUGCAGACAUUAGAACUGUUGCAUGGACAAGGUUCCCCAAAGAUUGUUCUUAUCAUUUUCAAUACAACUGUGACUGAUUUUUUUUAGGGUAAGUUUUUUACGGCGCUCGCAACUGCAUAAGGUCAUAUUAGCAUGCGGGACACAUUAAACAUUUUCUGUUGUUUGGAAAUUUUUGCCUGGGGUGGCGGCUGAAGCUUACUCUUAAUGACUUUGGACCCCCAAGAGAUCUUUAACGUGCGCAACUUGCACACGGAACCUCCAAGAUUAUUCACCUUUGUCCGAGAAGGUUAGAUGUAGAUCCUUCCUACCAGAAGAUCAAGGGUGUGACUGAAAGACAGCAGUAAGAAGGAGCCAAGGAGUAGCAGUAGAAAGACUGCAGAAAGAGGCAGGAGCGCAGGGGAGAGGACAAAAGAGGUGAUGGGGUAUGGGCAGAAAGUGGAUACGAAAGCAGACGACAGAACAUUGCUGGAGAGAGGAAAGGAGACAAUAUUUGAGAAGAAAAAUUUCAGUUGC